AAUUUCAAUUUCAGUUGGAGUUCGUACUUAAUAACGUUAAAACAUACUCUGGAAUACAGAAAAUAAAAAGAAACAGAAAAGAAAAAAAAAAAAUAACGAAGAAGAUAUAACGGCCUACUAACCAAAAACAAAAAAAGAGGAAUAAAUACCUGUAUAAAAACAAAAGUAAAGCGGCGGUUGAAACGAAAAGUAAUUAAGAAAUAGAAGCAAUAAAUUGAAAAAAAAAAAAAAAAAAAAAAAAACAAGUAAUCAAGCACAAACACGUUCUUGAGAAAUUAAAACAAGGAAAACAAAUACUAAGAAAUCAGGAUUUCUUGAAGGAAUUUUAAAAAGAAUAUUGAAAAUAUUAAAAAAAAAUCCCCAAAAGAAGCAAAUAUCAAAGGAUUACCUAUUUACAAAUAAAUUUAUUUUUACAGAAAAAAUUUAAAUAAAUUCCCGUAAAGUAAUUGCAACUGCAGGUCGGUGAACACACUAAACACUAAAAAUGUCCAAUUCCUCCAAACCCAGCUCACCCACGCCCAGCAGCACCCCCUCUAGUCCGGAAGUUAAUAAGGCAGCUUUGAAACUCUGCCACAUUGUUAAGCGUCCCGAUUUCGAUGGCUAUGGCUUUAAUUUGCACUCGGAAAAAUCAAAGCCAGGACAAUUUAUUGGCAAGGUUGAUGCCAACUCGCCGGCCGAGGCAGCUGGCUUGAAGGAGGGUGAUCGCAUCAUCGAAGUCAAUGGCACGCCGAUACACAGUGAGACCCACAAACAGGUGGUGCAGCGUAUCAAGGCCAUUUCCUGUGAGGUGAGAUUGCUUUUGAUCGAUGUUGAGGGCAAGGGUGAUGGCAAGCAGUAUCUGGGUGGGGAGGUCAACACGAAUGGCCAUAACAACAACAACAAUAGUGUGGAGGUUAGCAAAACAGAACAAGUCAUGCCGGGAGCAAGUGAAAACAUCAACAGCAUUACCAUGGUAUCGACCAAGAGGGCUUCGCAGACCUCGCACAGUUCCGGACACAGUGCCGUGACCACAAAUGCCAAUGGUGGUUCCGAUGUCACUGACCAUCAAGUUGUACACAACAACAACAACAAUAACAAUAUACCGCCACCACCCUCGGCCACCAUGGCCAGUGUGCAAAAGACAGCCAAUGGUGGCAGUGCCUCAUCGGGCAAUGGCAGUGUCAUGGGUGGCGGCAGCAGUUCAACAGCGGCGCAGGCGCCGGCGCCAACCUCCACUGCCAAGGCGGGUGGUCUCCAAUUGAAUAUGACUGCAGCCGAAAUGCGUGCCAAGCUAUUGUCCCGCAAGAAAUACGAUCCCAAAAACGAAAGUGUCGAUCUGAAGAAGAAAUAUGAAAUUGUACAGAAACUCUAAACCUCCAGCCACACGAACAACAAUAAUCGGCAUCAAAAUUCAACAAGGCCAACACCACGAGAAAUCUUAAGGUCCCCCAACUUUUUUUUUUUUUGUCCGGAAUUUCUUAGAAGUCAUUUGUAGUUUUGUUUAUUUGAAAACAAAUCUUCCCUCCCAAAAACAAAAAAAAAAAAAAAAAAAAAAAAACGAAAAUUAACAAGAAAAAGCCAUUUUUGAAAACAUAAACUUCUAAACAAAAAAAAAAUGAAAAAUAAAAACAAAAAAACUUUCAAUAAACACCGGAACGACAACACUUAGCUUUAAGUAUACAUAAAAAAACUAAAAAUAAAACAAACAAAACAUAAAUACCAUUUAAAAAUACAUAUGACAAAUGUAUGUGUAUGUAGAAUUUUAUUUUUAUUAUUAUUAAUCUAAUGUAUUUUUUAUUGAUUAUUCCCAUUGUGUGAGAGACAAUAAAUACUAGAAUCGACAAAAAAAAAAGAAAAUCACACACACCCAACAACCAAGGCAGAACAACACUUAAGAAGAUAAACAACAAAACAAUAAACAAGCUCUAAAAGUAAUAAAAAAAAACAAAAGAA